GACACUGCCGGCUCGCCGGGCCGCCGCGCCGCCGCGCCGCUCCCCUUCGCCUUCCAGAGCACUGGGAAAGAGGAGAGGCUGGUGCCACGUCCCAGCAGCUGCCUUGGCUGGAGCAGGGUCUGCAGCCCACCCUUGGUACUGCUUGGUGGGGACUAAAAUACUCCUGCUCCACCGCCACCGGGUUGAAGAUUUCUCCUUCUCUCACGUGAUUUGAACCCCGUUUUUCUUUUCUCUGAGCUACUGUCCUCCCGGAGUGGGGGCAAUCCGGGAAAGGGAACGAUGCGCUUCGCCUGGACCGCGCUCCUGCUGGGGCCCCUGCAGCUUUGCACGCUCCUGCGCUGCGCCCCGCCGGCUGCGGGCCAGCAGCAGCCCCCUCGCCAGUCUCCUGCGGCUCCGGGCACCUGGAGCCACAGGAUCCAAUGGGAGAACAACGGGCAGGUGUUCAGUUUGCUGAGCCAGGGCUCGCAGUACCAGCCGCAGCGCCGACGGGACCCGAGCGCCACCGCCCCGGGCGCCGCCAACGCGGCCGCCUCGCAGCCGCGCACGCCGAUCCUGCUGCUCCGCAACAACCGCACGGCGGCGACUCGGGCGCGGACCACUGCCUCAUCGGGAGCCUCUGCCGGCCUCCCCGGGCCCGCAGCCCGCCACUGGUUCCAAGCUGGCUACUCGUCGUCCGGGGCCCGUGAACCCGGCGCCUCACGCGCGAGGAACCGGACCACGCCGGCAGAGCGCCCGGCGCUCAGUAACUUGAGGCCCCCUAGCCGCGUGGACGGCAUGGUGGGAGACGAUCCAUACAACCCUUACAAGUACUCCGACGACAACCCCUAUUACAACUACUACGACACGUACGAAAGGCCCCGGCCUGGGAGCAGGUACCGGCCCGGCUACGGCACCGGCUACUUCCAGUACGGUCUCCCGGACCUGGUGCCAGAUCCCUACUACAUUCAGGCGUCCACGUACGUGCAAAAGAUGUCCAUGUACAACCUGAGGUGCGCUGCGGAGGAAAACUGCUUAGCCAGCUCAGCAUAUAGGGCGGAUGUCAGAGAUUAUGAUCACAGGGUGCUGCUAAGAUUUCCCCAAAGAGUGAAAAAUCAAGGGACAUCAGAUUUCUUACCAAGCCGACCAAGAUAUUCCUGGGAAUGGCACAGCUGUCACCAACAUUACCACAGCAUGGAUGAAUUCAGCCACUACGACCUGCUUGAUGCAAACACCCAGAGGAGAGUGGCUGAAGGCCACAAAGCAAGUUUCUGUCUUGAGGACACGUCCUGUGACUAUGGCUACCACAGGCGAUUUGCAUGUACUGCGCACACACAGGGAUUGAGUCCUGGCUGUUAUGAUACGUAUAAUGCAGACAUAGACUGCCAAUGGAUUGAUAUCACAGAUGUAGCACCUGGAAACUACAUUCUAAAGGUCAGUGUGAACCCCAGCUACCUGGUGCCUGAAUCAGACUAUUCCAACAAUGUCGUGCGCUGUGACAUUCGCUACACAGGACAUCACGCGUAUGCCUCGGGCUGCACAAUUUCACCGUAUUAAAAAGCCAGCCAAGACUCCCAAUGGAUAAAUCAGUGCCUGGUGUUCUGAAGUGGGAAAAAAAUAGAUUAACUUCAGUAGGAUUUAUGUAUUUUGAAAAAGAGAACAGAAAACAACAAAAGAAUUUUUGUUUGGUUUAUAAUAGCACAUAACUGGAUUUUGAACAUUUAAAUCGGCAUUAUUUGGAAAAAUUUUAAUAUUAUUCACUUUAUUUUGUGAAUUAACAUAAUGUUUCAAUUAUGUAGUUGCACACUUGGUUAUUUCAAAGAAAUCCAAAUUUCUUAUGCUCUUUUUGAGAUUAUAAUACAGAAAGGAAAACAAUAUUUCAAUGAAUGAGCCAAAAUUACUUUGAACUGGGAAUUUUUUAAAGUACUGAAACUUCGGUGAACCACAAUAAUAACUGGCUUAUAUAUGUCCUGGCAUAGAUUAAUUAGAAAUGAGGCUCCUACUGUUUAAAUAGAUAUGGACACAUUUGGUGCUGAGGAAGGAACAAACACAUUACCAUUGGUAUCAAGAAAUAUUACUAUAUAGCAAAGAAAUGGCAAUAUAUGUAUUCAGAUAGUUACAUCCCUAUAUAAAAUUUAUGUUUACAUUUUUAAAUUAGUAGAUAAACGCCUUUCUUUCUGUCAAGUGUACAAUCUCAUUCUGACUUAAGUCAGCUUUUGUUUUGGAACAAAUUAAGUAAUUGAGCUGUCCAGCUCCUCCCUGCCAUUUGUUGAUGCUUCCCGCUCUACUCUUUAAUCUCCCUACUGGCAGAGAACUUUUAAGUGGCAUCCUUAAAGUUACCAUCCUGGGGACCGGUAUACAUAGGACAGCUGUGUCAAUGGGGAGUUAUUCUGCUGACAAACGUAAUAUAUCCAAAGAUAAUGCACAAUUAAGUAUAUGGAAGUAUUAGCUAAAAAAUUUUUCUUACUGACAUAAAAAAAAAAUCAUAUGAACAAGUCCCUCAAACCACAACUGUCAAAUGCUUUUUGAAAAUUAAUGAAAAACAUCUUAGAUUUUUCAAAUUUUCUACAUUUUUUAAAAUGUUCAGCGUUAAAAAGAGGAAUCUUUAAAAAUUUUAAAUUAUCCAAAAUAGAUGACAUAAUGUGUGUGGAUACAGGAACCUUAUCCUACGUCAACCAAGAGUCAGUCAUACAUGUUUGUGUGUGUGUGUAUAUCUGAAAUAUAAUCUAAAUUAGGAAAGCACAUAGCAUUACAUACUUGAGGGGUUGGUAAAUAAGGGAAAAAAUACUUUCUGUAAAACCAAGGACUGUGCUGCAUAAUGAGACAGCUGUGAUUUUAUUUUAAACUGUGAAACCGUGUGCUAUAAUGGAAUUUGGAGAAUUUCUCUUUUUCCUAAAUUCAAGAAGUGCAGAAAGAAAUCAAAUUACACAUUUAAGUAAGUGGUGCUUAAGCAGUUUUCCUACAUUAACCAGUAUUAAAAUCUCAAGUAAGGUACUUUAAGUGCAAGGACACAUGAGGUAGAAUUUAAAAAAGAGUUGGCAUCCUCAUACUAUAUGCGCCAUUGAGUUGUAAAGUCACAACGUCCUGCACUCACUCGGUGCCUAGCGCGGUGAGAGGGGAUAGAGACGGACAGACACUGAAGGGUGGAUAGCAGAGGACCACGUGACCCACGUCCGCCAGGGCACGCACUUAACAAGGGAGAACACAGCCAGCUUAAUAGAGACCCAGAACCUUCAUUGAGCUAGUAUCUGGGCUAUGGGAUAGCUUCUUUGAUGUACCUCUUUGCCUUAAAUUGCCUUUUAGUUUUAAGAUUGUAGAAUGAUCCUGUCAUUUAAAUUGCAAUCUUUUCAAAUAUUUCGAUAUGCUUAAAAAAAAAAAAAAACCCAGAAAA